AUGGCGCCUGGGAAGCGGACAAGGUCGGCCGCAGACAGUCAGGAACCAAGCGAUGUCUGGCACACUCCAGAGACUCGCGCGGCGAGACCAAACCAUUUGUCGGAAUCGCAGCUGAAACGGCGGCGUCUUUCCCCAGAAGCACAGUCGGUAGUCUCGCGCGACGGGUCCAACAAUCCUGACGCGGAAGAAAGUUCCGACGAAGAUGUCGAGGAUGAAGCGGCCGUGGGGGCCCCUUCGCCGCCGCAGACGCAGUAUGAGCUCAUGAGAGAUGCCGGCUUCAGGCACCUGCAGAAUACCGACAAGGACGAUCUCGAGGCUACGCAAAAGCUCAACCAGCGCCCAACCAGCGUGGGCAACAACAUGGCUGCCGAGAGCGGCAUCAUCGAGAGCAUCACUUGCUACAACUUCAUGUGCCACGAGCGCCUGCACGUGGAGCUCGGGCCUUUGAUCAACUUCAUCGUCGGGGAGAACGGUAGCGGCAAGAGCGCGGUGCUCACUGCGUUGACGUUGUGUCUGGGAGGCAAGGCCAGCGACACCAACAGAGGCGGCAGCUUAAAGUCGUUUGUAAAGGAAGGCCGGGAUCAUGCGAGUUUGGUGGUCAGGAUAAAAAACGCCGGCUCCGACGCGUAUCAGCCCGACGUCUACGGCAACUUCAUCGUCGUCGAGCGAUACUUUUCCAGGACGGGCAGCAGUGGUUUCAAGAUCAAGAAUGACAAGGGUCGCAUCAUAUCGACCAAGAAGCAGGAGGUGGACGAGAUCUCCGAAUGGUACGCUCUGCAGAUGGGCAAUCCCUUGAUGGUGCUCUCCCAAGACAAUGCCCGGCAGUUCUUGAACUCGGCCACGCCCGCUCAGAAGUACAAGUACUUUGUUUCGGGGGUCCAGCUGGAGCAACUCGACAACGACUACAAAAUGUCCCAGGACACCCUGGAUCGGACGCUUAUCCUGCAAGAAGACCUCCAAGGGAAGCUGGAGCUAGUCAAGAAGGAGAUGGAGGAGUCCCACAGGCUGGCGAAUAUAGUUUCCAAGAAUAGCAGUCUGCGCGAGAGGGCUCGGCAUUAUCGCAACCAAAUGAUCUGGUCGCAGGUCGUUGAACAGGAACGGGGCCUUGAAAAGAUCACCGAAGAACUAGAGGCCCGGGCGGCAAAGAUUCUCGAGCUGGAAAACGACUGCGUAGGAAAAGCAAAGGCGUUUGACGAUGUGCAGGAGAAGCUGGAGCGAAGCAAGAAGCUGCGAGAGGGCUUGAAUGAAGAGUCCGGUGCCGUGGAAGAAUCCAUCCAGGCAGCGGAAGAAGUUUGGACCAAGGCCAAGAAAGAGUUGCAAGACCAGCUUCUGGAGGAAAGAGAUGCUCACUCGCGCCUGACGGCGUUGAGGAGCGGGAUUGCAACGUUCGACACCAAGAUUCAAGGAGAGCUGCAGAAGCUCAACGAGUCCAGCGGUCCUGCUCGCGCCGAAAAGGAAUCGGAGCGCGACAGAUUCAAGGAGCGACAGACGGAGCUGAUGCGCCGCAUCGACGACGAACGGCUGAAAACGCCCGUCCUCCAGUCUCGGAAAGCGGAGGCAGAGCAAGCUGUCGCGGAGCAACAACGGCUCCAGGAAAACAAGCGCAAGGACAUUGUGCUCGCCGAGCAAAGAGUACAAGAGCUGAAAAGGAGCACCGGCUCCAAGUACGACGGCUUCGAUCGUGAAAUCCCGCAAUUGGCGAGAGCGGUCGCCUCGGAUCCAGGCUUCGAAAACAAACCGCUAGGACCCUUGGGCGCCUACGUCAAGCUUCUCAAGCCCGAAUGGGCCGGGAUUCUGGACAAGACCCUGGGCGAAGCGCUCAAUGCUUUUGUGGUCAGGAGCAAGAGGGAUCAGUCUCGCCUGUCCGCGCUGAUGCGUCGGUUAAACAUGAGAAAGCCGCCGCCGGUUUACAUCGCAUAUGGGGGGCGCAUCGAAACGACAAGCCAGGAGCCACCGGCAGAGUUUGACACCAUUCUACGGGUCCUGGACUUUGAUGAAGAAGUGGUUCGUUCGCAAUUUAUCAUCAACAACCAGAUUGAGAAGGUGAUUCUCAUCAAGGAGCGGGUGGAGGCGCAGAGGGUCAUGAUCGACAAUGGGCCGCCGCCCAAUGUUGCGGCCUGCCUUUGCUUCCAUGACGGCAAGGGGAAGCGCGGUCAAGGGUUGCGAUACACGAACCGAGGCGGAACGAUAGGGUCAAGUCCUGUCGUGACCCAGAACCUGCGAUCAAGGAUGCAGUCCGACUCGGCUCGGCAGCUCGAUCUACAGCGAGACGACCUGAAACAGCUUGAGCUGGAACUCCUGGACAUCAACGCGGAGGAUCGCAGGGCGCGACAAGAACUGAAACGCACCAAUUCGGAGCUGGAGCAGCAGAAGAACACGGUCAAAGACGUCGAAAACGAGCUGCGCCGAACCGACGCUGACGUUGAAAAAGUACUGGAAGAGUUGGACAGUUUCGAAGGCAUUGACGCGCGGCUGGACUCGCUCCGGGCCGAACGGGAUAUGAAGAAGGCAGAGGAAGAACAGCUCGGCAACCAGUACGGCAACUUGAAACUGGGAAAACGAGAGCUCAGCACCAAGGCCGAAGAGGCCAAGAAGAAGCUGGACGAAGUGAGACAGGAGCAAAAGGAUUUCCAGAACCGCGUCCACAAGGCAGACGAGAAGGUUCGGAAACUCGAAAACAUGAGACGAAUCGCUCUCAUGGAGAAGAACGCAGCGUACGAAAGCGUCGACAUUGAGAAGUCGGAGCUCCGCCGGGCCGAGUCGAAACGCGUCAAGAAGCGGGAAGCAGUCGAGGACUUUAUCCGCCAAGCCGAAGAAGUAGCCCCAGACCGUGUCCACGUCCCAGAGGACGAAGACUACCGAAGCAUAGAGAAGAAGUACGAAAAGAUACGCGAGCAGCUGCUGCAACGCGAGGCCAGACAAGGUGCCACCGACGAGCAAAUCUUCAACCGCGCGCACGAAGCCAAAGCCAAGUACGACGACUUUGUGAGGCAGACGCAGGACGUCGACCAGACGGUCAAGUCGCUGAAAUACGCCAUUGCGGACCGCCUCAACCUGUGGCGUCAGUUCCAGAGGCAGAUCAGCGCUCGCAUCCGAAUCCAGUUCAACUACCUGCUGAGCGAGCGUGGCUUUCGGGGCAAGAUAGAUCUCGACCACCCCAACAGAAAGGUCAACAUCCACAUCGAGCCGGACGAGACGAGGAAAAGCUCGGUUGGCCGAAACACCAAGACGUUGUCUGGAGGAGAAAAGUCGUUUUCGUCCAUCUGCAUGCUGCUGUCGGUGUGGGAGGCAAUCGGCUCUCCUAUCCGCUGCCUCGAUGAAUUUGACGUCUUCAUGGACAAUGUCAACCGAGCAAUCAGCACCAACAUGCUGGUCGACACCGCGCGUCGUUCAGUGUCGAGGCAGUACAUUUUGAUCACCCCCAACGCCAUCGAGGGUCGAGCUAGACUUGAGAAGGACGUGAAAAUUAUCCGGCUCACCGAUCCUCGGCAGCGCACCUUGGCUUCAUUCCGCUGA